AUGCUAUGUAAUUUCCUGGCAUUGUUCUUGGUUGCAUUAGACCGAACAAUCAUCGCGACGGCUAUCCCUCGCAUCACUGACGAAUUCCACAGCCUCGGCGAUAUCGGCUGGUAUGGAUCCGCCUACAUGCUAGCCAGUGCAUCAGCACAGCUACUAUUUGGACGAAUCUACAAAUUUUACGACAUAAAAAGUGUAUUCCUGACUUCAGUAGUCGUUUUUGAAAUUGGAUCAGCUGUCUGUGGUGCUGCUCCUACUUCCAACGCUUUUAUCGCAGGGCGUGCUAUUGCAGGGUUCGCUUCUGCGGGAAUUUUCUCUGGAUGCAUGCUGAUUGUCAUUGCUCUGAUACCUCUUCACAAGCGGCCAAUGUACCAAGGCAUGUUUGGAGCUGUCUUUGGGAUCGCUUCGGUCAUGGGGCCGCUGGUUGGCGGAGGCUUCACUUCUAGUGUCACUUGGAGGUGGUGUUUCUAUAUCAAUUUGCCCAUUGGGGCUGUAAGUUUGGUAGCCAUGACCUUGAUCUGGCGCCCACGCAAAGUCGAUCGUGAAUGGAUUUCAAUCCUGAUGCAUAUCAAACGCCUGGAUCCACUGGGAAUGGUAUUCUUUGUACCAGCGAUUGUCUGUCUUCUUCUAGCCUUCCAAUGGGGAGGAUCAACAUACGCUUGGAACAACGGUCGCAUUAUUGCGCUGUUUGUCGUAUUUGGCGUCUUAUUCCUCAUCUUCUCGGCAAUCCAAGUUUGGAGGCCUGAGACAGCUACAAUCCCCGCAAGAGUGAUUGCUCGCCAAAGUAUCUUCAGCGCAGCGGUGUUUAGCUUCUUCUCGUCCAGCGCAAUGAUGAUGAUGAUCUACUACGUUCCCAUUUGGUUCCAAACUGUCAAAUUGGUUGAUCCUGUCAAAUCCGGAAUUUAUACCCUCCCACUCGUGCUCAGUCUUGUCGUCGCAAGUUUUGUCGGCGGUCUCACCACGCAAAAGAUCGGGUAUUAUGUGCCAAUCAUGUACCUCAGCCCCAGUAUCAUGUCGAUAGGACUGGGUCUGAUGACCACCUUUGAUCUCAACACUAGCUCAGCACACUGGAUUGGGUAUCAGUUUAUGUGCGGGUUUGGUCUCGGUCUUGGAAUGCAGAUUAAUGGAUUGGUGGUGCAAAGAAUUCUACCACCGCCAGACAUUUCAACUGGCAUUGCGCUAAUGUUCUUCCUCCAGCAACUCGGAGGAAGUGUUUUCAGCACGGUGGGACAGACGAUUUUAAGCAACACACUUAUCUCACGUCUAGGUGGGAUUCCCGGCCUAGAUACGGGAUUGGUUGUGAAUGAAGGUGCAACGGAUUUGGCCUCUGUGGUGCCUGCCAAAGACAUUGUGUUAGUUCAGCGAGCAUAUAACGAUGCCUGUAGGAGAAUAUUCUUUACUGCCUUAGCGCUUACAUUGGUGGCUUUGAUAAGUUCUUUCGGUAUGGAGUGGAAGAGUAUCAAAAAAGGCAAAAAUGGUCAAGACGAUCCGGAACAUGAAGAAACCAGCCAUGAUGCUGAGACUGGGGGAUCUAGUCUGCAACUCACCCAACAGACCGAACAAAAGCUCCCUAUGUUGAAGGAGUAA